AUGAAUCUAAAACCCGGCGUGGAGGAAUCUGCAUACUCCACAAAGCAGGUAACUGCAUGGCUAGAGCACAUCCGCCUUCCAACACGAUAUCUGGAGUAUACCGAGACUCCGGCCACUUUUCCAAAGACAUAUGAGUCCCUCAAAACCCUAAUGAGAUGCCAAAUAUCUAGGUUUCCGUACGAGAAUCUGUCGGUCCAUUACUCCCCCACACAUCUCGUGGACAUUGGCCCAGAUGUCCUUUAUGAAAAAUUGAUGGGACACGAGGGAGAUGGAAGGAGGGGAAGAGGUGGCUACUGCAUGGAGCUCAGCAUUUUCUUCCAUCAUAUGCUUCGCGGACUGGGUUUUCAGGUGUAUAUGACUGCAGUCAGGAACCGUGGAAGGAAGGACGGAGUGCCCGGCGGGGAGUAUCUGGGGUUGUGA